AUGGCCCUCGAAACAUCCGUCGAGACGCCCUUCUCGCCCACCUUCCCACACCCUCACCACGCCCAAACAGAUUCACUGGUCAGCGUGCCACUCACAGACUCGGUCAUUAGCUCUCCACUCGACGAGUCUACCCCUAGACAUGGUGCACACGACGAUGACGAGGUACGCCAAACAAUGACCCUCUUUGCAACCAACCAAAUACUCACCCAACCACAGCACAUGGCCGCUCUACUCGCCCGUCUCGAAAUGGAGAACAAUGCCCUUGCUACCGACCCUAAGGCUGGCAUCACCACCGUAACUGGCUCCUCUCAUGAUCGCAAUGCUUCGAUUGGCGGCGCCUCGCUACUCAGUCUACACAUACCCAAGGAGGCCCUCGGCAUGAGUCUAGGCGACUUCUGGGCCUUUGUCACUCGCGAUUACGAAGAGGCUUUAUCGUCUAUGCCUACAAUGACACCAAUCAUGAUACACCGAGGAGUUCCCGACUUCCUAAGGCCCGUUGUCUGGGUAGGCAUUGCUGGAGCACGCCAAGAAAGACUCUAUUCAGAAUUCGAUCGUCUGCUGGCACAAAUCGAGAGCGAACCACCUACUUCGGACACUAUCAUUGACAAGGACGUUGGCCGCUGCUUCCCAAACCACCCUCUCUUCGCCCAGGCUGGCGGCGAGGGUCAGACGAUGCUCGGCCACGUCCUGAAGUGCUACAAUCUAUACGACUCGGAAGUUGGCUACUGCCAGGGUAUGGGCUUUAUUGUUGGCAUUCUGCUCAUGAAGAUGGAUGCCAGAGAUGCAUUCUGUGUCUUCGUCAGACUCAUGGAGAACCACGGACUCCGCGACUCCUACUCACACUCGUUGACUGGUCUUCACUCACGUAUCUUUCAGUUCCAGCAGCUACUUACCCCAUUAGCCCCUAAACUCGUCGCACACUUUAAGAGCUUGGGCGUCGAGUUUGCUUACCUUUCACAAUGGUUCAUGACCAUCUUCGCUACAACAUGCCCUCUGGACACUCUGUUCCGAAUCUAUGAUAUCGUCCUUGCCGAGGGUGCCGACGAAACUGUCAUGCGUGUCGCACUGGCUUUGAUACUCAAGAACGAGCAAAAGCUAUUGGCCAUGGCCGAAUUGGAGGACGUGUUGCAACUGCUUCUUUCUCGCGAGAUCUGGGAGCCAUACGAGAACAACCCGGAUCAACUCAUCGAAGAAGUGACUACCCUGUUCAAGCAGGUUGUCACUCGCGACGCUCUGGACAAGCUCGGCAAGCAAUUCCUUAAAAAGGCAGAAAGAGGCUCGGCAGACAAGACCGUUCGCGCUCUAGGCUUCACCAGCACCUACGGCAAUGCCUUCAGACUUUUCGACUUCUGGUCUACGUCCAAGAGCGAUUCUCUUUCGCCAGCUGCGCCUCUUCGUCGCAAAGCAUCCGGACAAUCGCUUUCUACUCUCAACUCCAUCUCGGGGAGCGGAGCCAGCAUGGCAAGCACCGAUAGCUUUGCCAGCACUGCGCCUACCGAAGUUGAUGACCUUGAGAGAGACAGUGCCACUCCAACGAAGCCCCGCAAAUCCUUUAUUUCGCAAGACAGGAACUUGCAUGAACAAGUAGAGGGUCUGUUGAUUGCCCUUAGUGAAGUGCAACGCGAGGCAGCUCAGACAGCAGCGAACCUGCAGAGANGGGAAGCCAGGAGAGUCAGAGCUCAGGAGAUUGUCGCCGAUUUGCUCGAACUGUUCCGCGAGAAGAAGACUGUAGAUGCGUAUCGCAGACAGCGCCGCACUACUCUACCCUCAAGAAUCGACCAUGAGAAGACUCGAGAGGAGGUGACGGCACUGAAAAGGCAAUCCAACUUUGUCAGAUCAGUGACGCAGAGUAUCAUCGCCGGCAACGCUGCUGGACAAGAUCGAGAUGCCGGUCUUCAUUCUUCUCUUUUGAAGCUCUGUGCUCUUUUCGAUGCGGAAACUUCGCUUGAUUCCGACAGUGGGUCUGAGAACGGCGAAACGCAACCUUCACAAGCGCCACUUCCCAGCGAAUACACAGUCAAGCUUGAGAAUGAGCUUGUCAAGCUGCGUCAGCGAGUGGCCAAGGACCGCACCUAUCGCCACAUGAAAAGAACAUCAGAUCUCAAGGACGCCCGAUUGUCUCUGAAAGCAGGGGAAGCACCUUCCUCCGAGUCCAUCAGAGUCCGACGCUCCCUUUACCGUCGUCAUGAGAAAAAGGCUUCUCGUGACCUCUCAGGCUCGUUCCCUGACAUCACAAUCUCUGUGCCUCGUGUACGACCCCACCAAACUCUUCCACCUCAGUCCACAACUCAACAACAUCGCCCUGGCCCUCCUCUUCGUAUGAUCAGAUCGCAAGAUGGGACUGAAAUUCUUGCAAAGCCGCAGAAAUUCGGCUCUGCUAGAAGAGGUACCGAUGCAGAUAUUGCAAGAGAAGACUCUGGCUCCGUCACUCCCACAUCCAGUGCAGCCGUGAUUCCGAAACGCAACUCUUCACUGACAUCGCAAACCAUUCUUUCGACACCAUCUCACGCACCUCCUUCAGACGAAACCCUGCUCGUCGAACUCGUAGCAGCGAAGACUCGCGAGGCAACCGCCAUCCACGAGAACGAACUCUUGCAGAACUCCCUCGAUAAGACGCGCCGACAGAUGGAGCAGCAGAAGGAGGAGAUGCAAGCCAAGAUUGACGCCAUGGAGGCUAUGAUGAUUGCUCAGAUGGAAGCUCACGAAGCUGAAAUGGAGAGAAUGAAGAUGUUGGUGUCGAGACCGGAUACUCCUAGUUCCAUGCAGGGACCUAGUCCUAUGCAUACGCCUGAGAUGCUCGCGCCUGUAGCUACUGGCGCUGGCGGUAAGCCUAGUCCCUGGGGUUGGUUCGGGAAGGGAAGGAGUGUUAGUCAUUCACCCACUAUGUGA